CAGUCGAGAUACACUUCCGGGUCUAGAGGCGGGGCAUCCGAGAUUUGGCCCAAUAAGGAAUCUCAGUAGUGCGGGUAACGGGACCAGACCUGACAACGCUGGUGAGCUGCGGCCGCCAGGGAUCGGAAAGAUGGCGGUCCUGGCACCUCUCAUUGCUCUAGUGUAUUCGGUGCCGCGACUUUCGCGAUGGCUGGCCCGACCUUACUACCUUCUGUCUGCCCUGCUUUCUGUUGCCUUCCUGCUCGUGAGGAAACUGCCACCGCUCUGUAACGGUCUCCCCACCCAACGCGAAGACGGCAACCCCUGUGACUUUGACUGGAGGGAAGUGGAGAUCCUGAUGUUUCUCAGCGCCAUUGUGAUGAUGAAAAACCGCAGAUCUAUCACUGUGGAGCAACAUAUAGGCAACAUCUUCAUGUUUAGCAAAGUGGCCAACGCAAUUCUUUUCUUCCGUCUGGAUAUUCGCAUGGGCCUGCUUUAUAUUACACUCUGCAUAGUGUUCCUGAUGACGUGCAAGCCCCCCUUGUAUAUGGGCCCUGAGUACAUCAAGUACUUCAAUGAUAAAACCAUUGAUGAGGAACUGGAGCGAGACAAGAGGGUCACUUGGAUUGUGGAGUUCUUUGCCAAUUGGUCCAAUGACUGCCAAUCAUUUGCGCCUAUCUAUGCUGACCUCUCCCUCAAGUACAACUGUACAGGGCUAAAUUUUGGGAAGGUGGAUGUUGGCCGCUACACUGAUGUUAGUACCAGGUACAAAGUGAGCACGUCGCCCCUCACCAAGCAACUCCCCACCCUGAUCCUGUUCCAAGGUGGCAAGGAAGUUAUGCGGCGGCCACAGAUUGACAAGAAAGGACGAGCUGUUUCUUGGACCUUCUCAGAGGAGAAUGUAAUCCGUGAAUUCAACCUGAAUGAGCUGUACCAACGGGCUAAGAAGUUUUCAAAGGCUGGAGACAGUAUCCCUGAGGAGCAGCCUGUAGCCCCAGCCCCCACCACAGUGCCAGAUGGGGAAAGCAAGAAGGACAAAUGAGAGUCCUGCCUCAAUGCUUCCUUUCUGUCAAUUCCAGGCACCUCUGAGACCCUGCUCCCUCUCUACCUACCAGCUGGCCCAAGGCUGCAGCCUUUAAUUUAUGUUUUCCCUGUUUGGCUGUGCUUGAGUGGGUAAGGGUGCUGCUUCUAUUAAAGAGGCACCCAGGGAACUGUGAGACACCCCACAGAAAAGCCUAUCCUGUUACGGCUACCCAUUUCACUGGUGGAAGGGAGAGAGCUCAUGAUGGAGGAGGAAGGGUUUCCUUCCAAGCUUGCGUCAGUGUGUUAACUGUUGUUCACCACAUGGAUGUCUCCACCACCCUGCGGUGUCAUUACUCCUCUUAGUGAUCCUGUAUAGCCUGGUUAGACUAGAUUAAACUAGUAACAAAAUGCCAGGGUAUAGAGCACUAAGAAUUUUUCUCUCAAGGCCUUUGCUUCCUUAGGCCCUUCUGGCUUGGUUUAUGGCCUUUAUAAGAAGUGUAAGCCUAACUUUGCCUUUGGUUCCAAGGGGAAGCCUUUAACCACAAAGUUGUCAUCAUUAAAGAUAGUAUUGAGUAAACCUACUUUAUAGGGAUAGAGAAGGGGAAGAGAUGUUUGAGACAUUCCUUUGUGUGGUAAGACCUGGAAAAAACCCCUGGACUGGAUUGGGGUUUCACUAACCUGUCUACCUACUUCCCACACCCAGUUGGUGGUUUUUCCAUAAUAAAGAAACUGGGGUUUCCUUUUGA